GUCUGUUGUCAUGGAGAUUAUGACGCCAGGCAGGAUCAUUCGGAUUAGCUUUAGCCGUUGCUCUAGCGGCGCUUUGGCCGUAGACUCCACAAAACCCUGGGAGUUGUGGCAGAAAGAUCAUGGCGGCGUCUCUAGAUGCUCUCUGGGAAGACAGAGAUGUUAGAUUCGACAUCACGGCGCAACAGAUGAAAACCCGUCCGGGAGAGGUGUUGAUCGACUGUCUGGACUCCAUUGAAGACACGAAAGGAAAUAACGGAGAUCGAGGGCGACUCUUGGUGACAAACCUGAGGAUCAUUUGGCACUCUGUGGCUCUGCCUAGAGUCAACUUGUCUGUGGGCUACAACACCAUUAUUAACAUCACAGCACGGACUGCGCAGUCUAGACUGAAGGGCCUCACCGAAGCUCUCUACAUUUUAACAAAGUCCAACAACACAAGAUUUGAGUUCAUCUUUACCAAUCUGGUUGUCGGAAGUCCAAGGCUCUUUACCUCGGUGAUUGCUGUACACAGGGCUUAUGAGACCUCUAAGAUGUACCGGGACCUGAAGCUGAGAGCUGCUCUCAUUCAAGACAAGCAGCUCAGACUCUUGCCCCGGGAGCAAGUGUAUGAUAAAAUCAACGGGGUGUGGAAUCUGUCCAGUGAUCAGGGCAACUUGGGAACCUUCUUUAUCACCAAUGUUCGGAUUGUGUGGCACGCUAACAUAAACGAGAGCUUCAACAUCAGCAUGCCUUACCUCCAGAUUUGGUCGAUCAGAAUAAGAGACUCAAAGUUUGGACUGGCGCUGGUGAUUGAAAGUUCACGACAGAGCGGAGGAUAUGUGCUUGGGUUUAAAAUUGAUCCGGUGGAGAAGCUUCAAGAUGCUCUCAAAGAAAUCAACUCUUUGCAUAAAGUUUACUCUUCAAACCCCAUCUUUGGCGUGGAUUAUGAAAUGGAGGAAAAGCCCCAGCCGCUGGAAGAACUGACCGUGGAACAGCCCCCUGAUGACGUGGAAAUCGAGCCUGACGAGCAGACAGACGCUUUCACUGCCUACUUUGCUGAUGGCAAUAAGCAACAAGACCGUGAAGCAGUUUUCUCCGAGGAGCUUGGCCUCGCCAUCGAGAAGCUUAAGGACGGCUUCACGCUUCAGGACCUUUGGGAAGUCAUAAACUGAAACGCCGCGAAACACCUUUAUGCUCCAUGUACAGACUAGAGUGCAUUUAUUAUUUAUAGGCCAAGAUUAAAGCUGCACAGGUCAUGUACAGAUGCUUUGUUUCAAGACAAGGUGCUAAUUUUCUCCCAUGUGGGGAGAAUUGGUUCGGUUUCUUGUAGUUUUUAAAUUUGCAAAGACAGGGUUUCUACACAAUGUGAAAACGUGUGGAAUUUCUUUUAUUGUGCGUUUAUGUCUUCCCUUUUUUUUCUUCUUUGUGUUUUCAUCGCCGUGUCCUUCCUCCUUUCCAUCUGUCCUUCGUUCUUUCCUUGAGUCCUUAUUUAAUUUCUGUCUUUCUUUCCCUCACUGUGUCCUUCCUUUCUCCCUUUUUGUCUGGUGUAAUUCCUUCUUUCUUUUAUUCAUUAAUUCAUUGUGUCCUCCCUCCCUUCCUUCCUUCCUUCCUUCCUUCCUUCCUAUUUGUAUUUUCCACCUUCAACAUCUAAAGCCUGGCCACUGCAGAAAUAUCUGCCAUAAGGUCAUGUGAACAUGAAAAAUGCUCAGUAACUCUGUAAAAGCAUUCUAUGAAUAAAGCAGAUUUAAGUAAA